GUGGCUCGAAAUCUAAUUUUGCACGGCUGCGAGGAGUGCCCGAAAUCAGAAGACAUUUGGCUUGAAGCCGCACGUCUUGUUCAACCAGAACAAGCCAAAUCUGUCGUGGCUCAGGGAAUUCGUCAUCUACCACAAGCUGUGCGCCUUUGGGUUAAGGCUGCACAGUUGGAAACCGAAGUUAAGGCGAAAAAAGUGGUUUACAAGAAGGCCCUAGAACAGGUACCAAACUCAGUUCUGUUGUGGAAGUUAGCUGUCGAAUUGGAGGACGAAGACGAUGCUCGUUUAAUGCUUAGUCUGGCGGUGGAGUGUUGCCCAACGUCAGUGGAGUUAUGGCUAGCUCUGGCUCGAUUGGAAACCUACGAACAAGCUCGUGUGGUAUUAAAUAAGGCUCGUGAGAGUAUUCCUACGGAUCGUCAGAUCUGGUUUGCUGCUGCCCGACUGGAAGAAGCCCAGGGUAAUCAAAUGAUGGUGCCUAAAAUUGUCGAUCGUGGUGUGGCUUCUUUGCAAGCGAAUAUGGUCGAAAUCAACAGAGAUCAAUGGAUAAAAGAUGCAGAAGAAUGUGAGGCAGCCAAGAGUGUGCUUACUGCUCAGGCGAUCAUCAAAUCGAUCAUCGGUUUCGGCUUGGAAGAACAGGAUAAAAAGCAUACGUGGCUGUCGGAUGCAGAGAACUGUGCCACGAACGGAGCGAUCGAAUGCGCACGAGCUAUCUAUGCUGUCGCGUUGGCUCAUUUUCCAACUAAAAAGAGCAUUUGGUUGCGUGCAGCCUAUUUUGAACGCAGUCAUGGUACACGUGACACUUUGGAAGAACUGUUACGUCAGGCAGUUACGCACUGCCCUCAGGCUGAAGUACUCUGGUUGAUGGCCGCCAAAACACGUUGGCUAGCUGGUGAUGUGCCUUCCGCUCGAUCCAUCCUCGCGCGUGCUUUUGAGGCAAAUCCAAACUCUGAAGAGAUUUGGUUGGCUGCCGUAAAACUGGAAUCCGAAAAUAGCGAAUACGCGCGUGCUCGUCGUCUCCUGGCCAAAGCCCGCGCUUCCGCAUCAACAGCUCGGGUAUGGAUGAAAUCUGCCCGCCUUGAAUGGUGUCUAGGUGAACUGAAAGACGCUUUAUCCAUGUUGGAAGAAGCUACUACACUGUAUCGUCAAGCACCGAAGUUGUGGUUGAUGUUAGCUCAACUUCUUGAUGAGCUAUCAGCUCAGGAGGGACUGGCAACCGAGGAAGCACGAACAUUGAAGGAACGUGCCCGAGCUGCUUAUCGGGAUGGGCUCACCCACAAUCCGGAACAUACGACUUUGUGGCUUCAGUUGGCUCAGUUCGAAGAAAAGAACGGCAAUCUGACCAAGGCGCGCUCCAUCCUCGAGAAGGCCCGUACGCAGAACCCGAAAACUGCAGAAUUAUGGUACGUCUCUGACACAAUACGACUGGAAAUUCGCGCCAACUUGAAGCCGGUGGCUGAUUCACUUCUGUCCAAAGCUCUUCAAGAGUGUCCAACCGCCGGUUGUUUGUGGGCUGAGGCCAUUUUCAUGACUCCGCGAGCUCAGCGCAAGAGUAAAUCAGUGGAUGCUCUAAAAAAAUGCGAACACGAUCCUCUCGUGUUGUUGGCAGUCUCCAAGAUGUUCUGGUCAGAGCGGUUGGUUAUGAAAGCCCGAAACUGGUUUACUCGUACCGUUAAACUGGAGCCAGAUCUGGGAGAUGCUUGGGCUUAUUUCUACAAAUUCGAACUUCAGCACGGAACUGAGGAUCAGCGAAAAGAGGUUCUUCAGCGAUGUGUGGCAGCUGAACCGCAUCAUGGCGAAACUUGGUGUCGCCUGGGAAAGGCCCCGCGCAACUGGCGUAUGAAGACCAAGGAAUUGCUGACCCUAGUUGCGGAGUCAGUCCCGUUACCUACGUGA